CUAGUUGGUUUGGAUGCUGCUGGUAAGACAACUAUUCUCUAUAAACUGAAACUAGGAGAAAUUGUCACCACAAUUCCCACUAUUGGUUUUAAUGUGGAAACGGUAGAAUAUAAAAACAUUUGUUUCACAGUUUGGGAUGUUGGUGGUCAAGAUAAAAUUAGACCUCUUUGGAGGCAUUAUUUCCAAAACACACAGGGCCUCAUUUUUGUGGUAGAUAGCAAUGACAGAGAGAGAAUCCAGGAAGCAGCAGAAGAGCUGCAGAAAAUGCUUCAGGAGGAUGAGCUGCGAGAUGCAGUGCUGCUUCUGUUUGCAAACAAACAAGAUCUGCCAAAUGCCAUGGCAAUCAGUGAAAUGACAGAUAAACUAGGUCUUCAGUCUCUGCGUAACAGAACUUGGUAUGUCCAGGCUACCUGUGCUACACAAGGAACUGGUCUGUAUGAGGGACUUGACUGGCUGUCAAAUGAACUCUCAAAACGCUAACUCAAACUGGAUGACUCUUUCACCAGGGACAUGUUUGAUAUAAGUGGUCUAGGCUUGUUACAACAAAAUUAGUUUGCAUCUUGGUUAUUACAGUAUCUGGAACUGAUAUUUGGGCAGGAUAUUACAGCGUUUCAACUUAUUUUGUUGCCAAUUAUUGUUUACCGAGCUACAUGUUGCAAAGGUAGCAAUAUGCUUGGGUAAAAAUCUCCUUAACUUGGAAAAAGUGUAUCUUCUGAUUUUAUUCCCCUUGUUAGCCUAAAUGCCUGAAUAUAGCUAUUGUGACAUCUUUAAGACCUGUUUUGAAUACUCUUUCGAGCCCCAAUAAAUUAAUGUUUUAAAUUUUUUUUUCUCCCUGCUACUUUUAGUUUACUGAUGCCCUGUUUCAUUCCUCAGACAGUCUGCUGAUUUGAAAAUGUAGCAUUCCGUAUGUAUUUAUUUCUCUCCCUUGCCAAAAAGAAUUCCUAAUACUGCUUGUUCCAGCCAAGGAAAUGCUCUAAAACACUAUACAAAUCUACUGCACUGAGGAACAUUUUAUUAAUCCUUGGGUUCUAUUAGCCCAACUUGCCUUUGUGUGAAUUGGAUUUGAUGGGUAGAAUAGUUCUGUGCUGGUUGCGAAGAGCUCAUGUUGAGGUUGUUUUUAAUAUUCAGCAGAUUGUCUUCCUUUAUAUUGUAUCUUUUUUUUAUGUUGCAUGUUGCUUUUUGGUAUCAGCCUGACUAUUUUUGCCCAGUGUAUAAUAGUUCUGCUGAAGUUUUACUGUUUGUUGGUGAACAUAUCUUCAUAAAGAAAUUUUGGAAAAUUCAUCAAACUCAAUGGAUUAGUUUCUUCAUAACCCACUUGGAAUUAUUCCUAAUAAAAUGAUAAAAUGUAUAGUUCUGUGUAUGCUCUUCUUGAUUCCUGAAAUAGUUGAACUGCAAGUUAUCACUUACUCUUUUUCCAUAUAUUGAGCUUUCCUGCAGCUUGAAUGUGAACAUCAACCUCAGAUUUUCACUUGUUUGGAGCUGUGUAGAGCAGGACACGGAAGGUGGGCAACAAAGUUGUAUACAGUGCAGUAGAGUAGCUGUCAUCAAGACUUAAAUAAUUCUGUAAGUGUCUCUUGAAGUUGUAAAUCUAAAAUUCGUUUUAAGAUGUCCAGAUAUGAAAAUACUAACAGUUACAAAAAUUGUAAUAAAACAAAUACGAACUGCCUGAAAAGCA